AAAGUUUCACAGUUCAGUGCAGGGCGCAGAUAGCGUCUGGAUACUCAUCGCCAACAUGCAGGGAGAAACGGCUGUAAUAAGACAAGGAUUCCUGGUCAAAAGGGGUCAUUUUGUUCACAACUGGAAAGCACGGUGGUUUGUAUUGUACAAGGAUCAACUUCUCUACCAUAAAAUUGAAGGAGGAAAGAAGGAAUCUCGUCCUAGAGGCAUCAUUUCUUUAGUAGGAUGCACUGUUUACUGUCCCUGUCUGGAUUAUGAAAAUAGGCCGCUGGUGAUAAAACUGAAGGCAAAGAAUUCUGUCGAGCAUUUCCUUGAAGCUUCCUGCCGUGAGGAGCGAGAUUCGUGGGCUGAAGAUAUUAAUGUUGUGAUCAGGGCUAUUAACCCAGAACAUCAAAAGCAACUGUGUUCUUCUGACACGUCCUUCGAAAUAGGAGCAAACAUUUGCUUGAGUCACGUAAUCAAAGAGAUGCAAGAAACCAACAGUGGGAUCAAGGAGAUGACAAACGGUGAAUAUGGGAACACCUACAGACAAUGCUUCACCGGCUCGACAGUUAUUGACUGGCUGGUGUCCAAAAACAUUGCCCAUUCCCGAUCAGACGCCGUCACCGUCGCCUCCCUUCUCAUCGAAGAUGAUCUGAUCAAGCCCGUUGGAGAUAAAAGCACAAAAGCCAGGUGGAAUAUCGUCAGCACAGAGCAGUUCCUCGAUGAUUCAACAGCAUUGUAUUGUUUUGCAAAAAGUGCGAGAAAAACGGAUAGUCCUAAUGAUAAAAUUGAAAUACCACAUAUUGAUCUCAGUGGCAAGAUUGUAAAGCAAGGAUUUUUGAUGAAGCAGGGACACAAAAGAAAGAACUGGAAAGUGCGAAGUUUUGUUCUGAGGGAGGAUCCUUCACACCUACAUUACUAUGAUCCCUGCAAGGAACCAAAUAAUGAACCAGUUGGUGGUAUGUCACUUCGUGGCUGCUUGAUAUCUGCAUUGGAAGAUAAUGGAAUCCCACCAGGAAUAAAGGGGAAUGUUCAAGGCAACCUCUUCAAGAUCAUUACCACCAACGAUGUGCAUUAUUACAUACAAGCUGGCUCUAGUGCUGAAAGAUCUGAGUGGAUUCAUGCAAUCAAACGAGUAUCUUAAACAUCUGGUAAAUGCCCACAGUUGGAAAAUAUAACACAGAAAAAGAACUGGAAAAACUAUUUCUAUGGUCAAUCUUGUAGCAGUUGAUUCUUUUCAAGGUAGUGUUAUGUUCGAUUAUGGGAGAAGGCAGUCUUAACUAUGAAAACAUUUCUCAUGUGUUAUUUGUCUACACACUCUCACAGAGAAUGGCGCACUGUCAAGAAAAAAUAUCCACUGACUUUUUGAACUGUUUUACAGGAAGAAUGAAAUAUGGUAGACUUUAGAUACAAAACUGGAACAGCUAGGUUGUUGUAAUUUUUAAACUUUGCAUUAAGAUUUGUUUUAUGUCUACCUGUAAUUUUUUAAUGAGUAAACUGUUUACCAGGCUAAUUGGACAACCCUCAAAAGCUCCCAACGGCAAUGCAACACAGUAAAGGCCCUGUUCCACUUUCCCGAGUUACUCACGAACUCUCCCGAGUUUUCCCCUUGAUUCGAACUCGGGGAAUGUCGGUAGCGAGCUCGUAGGAGUCCGUAGAUGUUUUGUAGUGGCUCGUAAUGCCAGCCAUUGGAACUCGGGGUAUCGGGUAAGUCGGGACGUUUUUUCAACGUUGAAAAAUGUCCACGAGUUAAAAAAAUAGCCCCGAGUACCUACGAAUGGCUAUUAACGUAAUUAUCCGAGUUCGAAUCAAGGGGAAAACUCGGGAGAGUUCGUGAGUAACUCAGGAAAGUGGGACAGGGCCUUAACAAUGCUGUCUGCUGAAAUCUUGGGCAAGAACAAAAACUUAUCAUCUUGUCACUAUUUAUAUUCCCAAAUAAUUAUUGAAGCACUUUAUUUUUCUAUUUUUUGUAUUGUAUCCAAAUAUAAAUGUUGUGCAAAUAGCUGAUGAGCUUGGACUUUUCUUUUAGUGGCAGAGACUUUAAAAUAUUACUCAAUGCAAUUUUAUGUUGGCUAGCAAUUUUGAGUGUAAUUAAAGGAAUACUACUAUAAUUAUUAAA